GUAAAAAUCACCAUGAUCGCAGUGAGGCCCAAGCACGAGGAAAUGGAGGUCCGAUUCGCGGCGAAGCCGUACAGCACCGACGACGACAGCGCCGGGUCGUCGGAGGAGAUGGACUCGCCGAGGUCGGUGCAGGGGCGGUGGAGGAGGUCGGCGUUGAAGAAGGUGGCGUAUGUGCACAGCCAGAUCUUGAGGAUCAGAGAGGAGGACUCGCACCUCGGCGAGAGCAGCGCGUUUGGCGCCAAAGAGAAGGUGGCGCACGCGGUGGCGUCGCGCGUCGACGUUGUGCUUUUGGCCCGCCCGGUCUUGCCUUGCUCGCCGCUCAGAAACACCGUCAACGCUUUGCACUGAGCUAGCUCGGCUUGUUCAGGUUAUGAGCUGCUGGGUCUUUUUAAGGGAGCAGAUCAAAAUUCCAAGAAGAACACAGAGUUUGAAAUCAAGUCUUUCUUGACUUCGUCUCUCGCUUUAGUUUUCUUGUUUCCGUAGAAUGAGUCUAGUCGUUUGUUUGUGAGCAAACGUUUCUGUACAGUUAGCAGAAUUACAUGAGAUGAUGAUGUGAGCGAUUCACAUCUCCCUUUCUCGGGAAAGAUACUCGCAAAAUACUCCGGAUAUACUGUAUUUGCACAUCAC